AUGCAGAUACAUACGGUUGCUGUUGGAGCUGCAAUAGGUCAGGCAUGUCUCUUACUUGCUGCAGGAACUAAGGGCAAGAGGUUUAUGAUGCCACAUGCCAAAGCCAUGAUUCAACAGCCCCGAGUCCCAUCAUCUGGUUUAAUGCCGGCCAGUGAUGUUCUUAUUCGUGCAAAGGAGAUAAUAAUUAACAGGGAUACCCUUGUCGAACUUAUUGCUAAGCAUACAGAAAAUUCAAUAGAGACUGUUGCUGACGUGAUGAAAAGACCAUUUUACAUGGAUUCUACGAGAGCUAAGGAAUUUGGUGUCAUUGAUAAGAUACUUUGGCGUGGUCAGGAAAAGAUAAUGGCAGAUGCUGCCCCACCUGAGGAAUGGGACAAGAAUGCUGGCAUCAAAGUCCUUGAUGCAAUUUAA